AUGAGAAGACAGUCUUUGAGAGAUGGUGAUGUUAUAUUCUCUGAAGGUAAGAGAUUCGCUUUUGGAUUCUUCAGCCUUGGGAACUCGAAGCUCCGGUACGUUGGGAUUUGGUAUGCUCAAGUCUCCGAGCUUACUGUUGUAUGGGUUGCAAACAGAGACCAUCCUAUUAAUGACACAUCUGGUCUUAUAAAGUUUAGCAGCAGAGGAAAUCUUUGUGUCUAUGGCUCUGUUAACGGAACAGAGCCUAUCUGGUCUACUGAUGUUUUAGAUACCAUCUCAGAACCGGCUUUAGUUGCAAAGCUAACUGAUUUAGGAAACCUUGUUCUGAUUGAUCCUGUCACAGGGAAAAGUUUCUGGGAGAGUUUUAAUCAUCCUACAAACACUUUACUUCCUUUUAUGAAGUUUGGAUUCACUCGUCAAGACGGUGUUGAUCGGUUUAUGACUUCUUGGAGGUCUCCUAACGACCCCGGUUUCGGAAACAUUACAUACCGGUUAGACCGUAGAGGAUUUCCACAGAUGAUGAUGUACAAAGGUCCUACUUUGUGGUGGCGUACUGGUUCAUGGACCGGGCAGAGAUGGAGCGGUGUGCCUGAAAUGACUAACAAGUUUAUCUUCAAUAUCUCCUUUGUGUAUAAUCCAGAUGAAGUAUCAAUCACUUAUGGCGUGUUGAAUCCUUUAGUCAUAACAAGAAUGGUGUUGAACGAGACUGGAACCUUGCAACGGUUCACAUGGAACGGGAAGGAUAAGAAAUGGAUUGAGUUCUGGUCAGCUCCUGAAGAGAAGUGUGACAAUUACAACCACUGUGGCCUUAACGGUUAUUGUGAUCUAACUAGUCCAGACAAGUUUGAGUGUUCUUGCCUACCGGGGUACGAGCCUAAGACACCUCAAGCUUGGUCCUUGAGGGAUGCUUCGGAUGGGUGUAAGAGGAGAGAUACAGCUUCUAUAUGUAAUAAGAAAGAAGGGUUUGCGAAGUUGAAGCGAGUGAAGGUUCCCAAUACAUCAGCUGUGAGUGUUGAUAUGAACAUAACAUUGAAGGAAUGUGAAAAGAGGUGCUUGAAGAAUUGCACUUGUGUCGCUUAUGCGAGCGCUUACCACGAGAGUGAAGAUGGAGCAAAAGGGUGUUUGACAUGGCAUGGUGAUAUGGUGGAUACAAGGACAUACUUGAGCUCGGGACAAGAUUUCUAUCUACGCGUAGAUAAGGCAGAGUUAGCGCGAUGGAAUGGAAAUGGCUCGUCGCGGAAGAGGAGACUUUUUGUAAUUCUCAUCAGUUUGAUUGUAGUUGUGAUGCUACUAAUGAUCAUUUUGUUAUUUUUCAUAAGAAAACGACGAGAGUCUAAAAGGCAUAGAAAGCCUCCAUCAACCUUCGCACCGAGCUCUUUUGAUCUUGAAGAUUCAUUCAUAUUAGAAGAUCUUGAGGACAAAUCAAGAACACGAGAGUUACCUCUCUUUGAGCUUAGCACGAUCGCUGCAGCGACUAAUAACUUCUCUUUUCAAAACAAGCUUGGAGCAGGUGGUUUCGGAUCCGUUUAUAAGGGCGUGUUACAAAACGGUUUGGAGAUAGCGGUGAAGAGGUUAUCGACAAACUCGGGACAAGGAAUGGAAGAGUUCAAGAACGAGGUCAAGUUGAUAUCGAAAUUGCAGCAUCGAAAUCUCGUGAGGAUCUUAGGAUGUUGCGUUGAAUUUGAAGAGAAGAUGUUGGUAUACGAGUAUUUACCAAACAAGAGCCUAGACUAUUUCAUAUUCAAUGAAGAGCGGAGAGCAGAGUUGGAUUGGCCAAAGCGGAUGGGAAUAAUCCGAGGGAUUGGUCGAGGAAUCUUGUAUCUUCAUCAAGAUUCAAGACUGAGGAUCAUCCACAGAGACCUCAAGGCUAGCAAUGUACUUCUUGACAAUGAAAUGAUCCCCAAGAUUGCGGAUUUCGGCAUGGCUAGAAUCUUUGGAGGAAACCAAAUCGAAGGAAGCACAAAUCGAGUCGUCGGUACAUACGGAUAUAUGUCGCCGGAGUAUGCAAUGGAUGGCCAAUUCUCCAUAAAAUCCGACGUCUACAGCUUCGGAAUCUUGAUAUUAGAGAUCAUAACCGGAAGUAAAAACAGUACUAUCUACAACGAAGCUUCGAAUUUAGUCGGACAUAUUUGGGAUCUAUGGAACAAAGGUGAAGCAACAAAGAUCAUGGACGAGUUAAUGGAUAAAGAGACUUACGAUGAGAGCGAAGUGAUGAAGUGCAUACACAUUGGGUUGCUUUGUGUGCAAGAAAACGCUUCGGAUAGACCAGACAUGUCUGCUGUUGUGUUCAUGUUAGGUCAUAACGCCAUUGACCUUCCAUCUCCCAAGCAUCCUGCGUUUACUGUUGGAAGGAAGAGAAACGUUAAAAAUGGCGGGAACUCAGGUAAUUGGCCCAGUGGAGAAACCGGUAGCUCUUUUAAUGAUGUUACUCUUACCAACGUUGAAGGUCGUUAA